AUGUCGUCCGCAAACCGUGGACUAGGCCCCAGCAGCAGAAACAAUAAACGCGCACGAGAUGACGAAGAUCUACCUUCUUCAGCGGCGCAUCCGCCAUCCAGCCCAAUGGCCUCGUCUCCUCCCAUGCUCCCCCAAGAUGACGAUGCAGACAUGCUCGACGAUGACGACAUCAUUCGCGAUGUAGACGACCUCGACGAAGAUGCAGAGGAGGCCGAAGGAAUUGAUCUGUUCGCAGACGAUUUCGAAAACGACUACGCAGCCCGAGAAAACGAUGCCUACGAAGGCCAGGGUAUUGACGAUGAGGGCGAUUACGAAGAGCUCAGUCUUGCUCAGAGGCGGGAGCUUGAUGCGCGACUCAAUGCUCGUGAUAGAGAGGCAAGACGCCGCAUGCCCGCUGCUUUCCUUCCAGACGAAGACGAGCAGGAUGGCCUGGCAGGUCUGAUGGGAACGGGGCGCCGCCGCGUUCGGAGAAACCGCUACGAUGAGGAAGACGAUAUGGACAUGACUGACGAUAUCAUGAACGAGGAGUUGACACUUGAGGCGCUUACCGAUGUAAAAGCCAACACAUUGACGGAUUGGGUGGCCCAACCUCAAGUCGCCAGGACCAUUGCCCGCGAGUUCAAGUCUUUCCUCACAGAAUACACCGACGAGCAGGGUCAUUCGGUAUACGGAGCCCGCAUUCGGACCUUGGGUGAGGUCAACGCAGAGUCUCUAGAGGUGUCAUUCGACCACCUUGCCGAACAGAAGGCGACACUGGCAUAUUGGCUAGCCAACACCCCGACGGAGAUGUUGAAGAUCUUCGAUCAGGUGGCUAUGGAAGUUGCCCUCCUCCACUACCCGGAUUACGAGCGCAUCCAUUCCGAGAUUCACGUUCGUAUCACGGACGUGCCUGUUCAGUAUACUCUGCGCCAGCUCCGCCAAUCACAUCUUAACAGUCUGGUUCGUGUCAGUGGAGUUGUCACCCGCCGAAGCGGAGUUUUCCCUCAAUUGAAGUACGUCAAGUUUGACUGUACCAAAUGUGGCGUUACCCUGGGUCCCUUCCACCAGGAUUCCAACGUUGAGGUGAAAAUCUCCUUCUGCCAAAACUGCCAAUCACGUGGUCCAUUUACGGUCAAUUCCGAGCGUACGGUCUACCGAAAUUACCAGAAACUUACCCUGCAAGAGUCUCCAGGGACUGUGCCAGCGGGACGUUUGCCUCGUCACCGCGAGGUCAUCCUUCUCUGGGAUCUGAUAGACUCCGCAAAGCCAGGUGAGGAGAUCGAAGUCACCGGCAUCUACCGUAACAACUACGAUGCAGCCCUGAAUAACAAAAACGGUUUCCCCGUCUUUGCGACGAUUCUUGAGGCAAACUACGUAGUCAAAUCGCAUGACCAACUGGCCGGCUUCCGGUUGACCGAAGACGAUGAGAAGGAGAUUCGACGAUUGUCCAAGGAUCCUCGUAUCGUGGACAAGGUCAUCAACUCGAUCGCUCCGAGUAUUUACGGACAUACUGAUAUCAAGACUGCCGUGGCACUCUCCCUCUUCGGAGGUGUCAGCAAAGAAGCUCCUGGUCGCCAUUCUAUUCGUGGCGACAUCAACGUUCUGCUGCUUGGAGAUCCUGGUACCGCCAAGUCUCAGAUUCUCAAAUAUGUCGAGAAGACUGCCCAUCGUGCUGUCUUCGCAACAGGUCAGGGUGCUUCCGCUGUUGGUCUCACCGCUUCCGUCCGUCGGGAUCCCAUGACGAGCGAGUGGACUCUCGAGGGUGGUGCGCUUGUACUUGCUGACAAAGGUACUUGCCUCAUCGAUGAGUUUGAUAAGAUGAACGACCAGGACCGAACAUCCAUCCACGAGGCCAUGGAGCAACAGACUAUCUCCAUCUCUAAAGCUGGUAUUGUCACAACCCUUCAAGCUCGCUGCUCGAUUGUAGCAGCUGCCAACCCCAUUGGUGGUCGAUACAACUCUACGAUUCCUUUCUCGCAAAAUGUCGAGCUUACCGAACCUAUUCUCUCUCGAUUCGACAUUCUAUGUGUUGUACGCGAUACUGUUGACCCAGCGGAGGAUGAACGCCUAGCCAAGUUCGUUGUGAACUCUCACGGCCGUGCUCAUCCUCUUGUUAACUCAGCGUACGGGUACUCUGACAAGUCGAAAGCGACGCAGAAUGGCGACGACCAAAUGGAAGUCGAUGGUGACGCUCCGAUAAAAGAGGGUGAAAUCCCUCAAGACCUUUUGAGGAAGUACAUUCUCUACGCAAGGGAGAAGUGCAGGCCCAAGCUAUACCAGAUUGAACAAGAUAAGAUUGCACGUCUAUUCGCAGACAUGCGCCGAGAGUCUAUGGCAACUGGAGCCUAUCCUAUCACCGUCCGUCAUCUCGAAGCCAUCCUACGUAUUGCAGAGUCCUUCUGCAAGAUGCGUCUCUCCGAUUACGUUGCGUCAGUAGAUAUUGAUCGCGCCAUUGCUGUUGCUGUCGACUCUUUCGUUGGGUCGCAAAAGGUCAGCGCAAAGAAGGCAUUGGCAAGGGCUUUCGCAAAGUACACUUUGAACCGACCUGGCGCUGUUGGAGCUCCGACCCGAGGAGGACGACAGGCGCAAAGAGCAGCGGCAUAA